ACAAAGUUUUUGCCUGGGUCCUGCUCAGCUUGAGCUGGCAGCGCUGCUGCAGCUCGGCUGCCGCCGCGCUCUGAGGCAGCCCGGGGACUGCCCCCACGAGCUCGCAGCCUGGGCCGGCCGUGCGGGGCAAGACCCUUGCUCGUUUUUCGGCAGGCGUUUCUCUCUUGAGCUGAGCGCUCUAUUUUAUUGCACUUCAUAUGUUUGAUCGAGCACAGCAAUUGAACGCGCUCAGGUUUUAAUGUCGAGGAGCGUUUUAGUAAAGAACGAGAUGGAAAAUAAGCACGUCACAAGGGAUGAGAGGAAUGUCCUUCCUAACCGCGAUUUGAUGCACUUAAAUAGCAGCAGCUGUUUACUGAAUCUUUUGUGCCGCCGUCUGGCCUGGCUGCUGGAGGGGAGGAGGGAGGCCCGGCAGCUUGACUCCGUUUCCGAAGAUGGUAAAUGACAGCAGCGUGCAGAAAAGCUUUCCUUUCUUACUGUGAAAGUUUCCGUUGAAACGCGCCUGUUUGAAAGGAGCAGCCCCCCUCCCAUGCAGCCCCUCCGUGCUGCAGCCUUAUGGGGCACAUCUGGCUCUCCAGCUCCCUGACAGCCCCCUUCUCCCGGACGUGGGAACCCUCAAAAUGCGACGUACGCGCUCUCCGCCCCCGUGCUUUGUUGCUAGUAACUUCCUGGCUGUUCAUGAAGAGCCUGAAGGAUGUAAACCGAUGGCUGAGGCUAAAUAGUGCGAGUAGCAAAGCUGCGUUUCUGCAGCCGGAGCCUGCAAGGACUCACUCUGGGCCGAAUCCUGCUCUCCGAGGACUUGAUUUAGUACUUCUUGGUCUGUGAGCCGGUGGCUUUUCGAAGCCUGAUGCCCGAAAGCUGCCGGGCCUGCGCUGUGGGCAGAGGUGCGCCUGGGCUGGCAGCGAGUUACGCUCUCAGCAAGAGGUGCCAAGGCAGGUCCGGAAAGAGGCAUUUCGGCUCCCAGAAGUGAAAAGCGGAGGAAACAGGAGCACGUGUCGCGCCUCCCUGGUCUCCUUCCCCGCGCGUUGCCCCUGUGAUGUUGUGCGUAGCUGCAGCGGGGGCCGCAAGUCAGCGGGGAGUGUUCUCCUUGUGCCCGUGGUCCCCUGUAACGUUCCCCCCGCUUCUGCCGGACGUUUACGGAGCCCGGCUCGGGGCAGGAGAGGCGCCCGACCCUCCGUCCAUGCCGGUGCGCUAUCGCCGCGCCGCCUCUGGAUUUGUCCUGGGGCCGAGGGGUGCCGGGCGGUCUCCUUCGCCGGCCGCAGGGUGGAGGAGAGCAGUAGCAGCUGCUGGGCCUGUUCUGCUUUAUUCCAGCCCUGCGCUGUACUCGCCAGCUUUCUGCACCAGCUUAAUUAAAUUAAAUUAAUUGUUAGCAAACCAUUGCGGUUUUAAACGCAUGUAAGACUUCCAUGCGAUUCUGUUUAUCUUUUAUUUUUGGAGAGUACCCUGCUGCAUAAAAUGGAUUUUACUGAAUACAAGUAAGAGAAGGAAACCAAAUGCAAGGUCAAAGCAGUGCAGCAGGGCUCGCGUUUUGAACCUGGAUUUCACUGUAUCUAGAUGUAACGUGUAGCCUGAGGGAUUGUAAGUCUGUAUACGUUUUGUGUCUGGAUGAAAACUGAGGCAGAGCAUAGCGUAUAAAUAUUCAGUUUCUCUGAGCAGAAGUAAGAGCAGAGGUCAGCUUGUGCAGAAGUGGCACGUCUCAGCUCUUUCCAAGGACAAUUCAAGCCUUUUUACUGCUAAAGGCAGUAUUGAAAAAUAAAUUGAUAGAAAAUGACCCUCCUGAUAAUUCCUUCCGGCUAUACAAAGAUAAAGCUGUGGCAAUGGAUAAAAGCAGAGAAGUCCUCCUCCCGACCGGUCAAUGUGGGAAGAACAUAGGAGGAUCCCUUGGUUACUGCGCAGACAGCAGAGGAAAAAUUAUUUCUCCUGCCAGGUGUGGUACAAAUCUGAGACAAAUCAAAGCGUUGCCACAGAGUACGCUAUGCUCUGGUGAAUGGGCGUAUUGCUCGAGAAUAUCAUCCUGGUCUCGCGAGGUCUUUUCCUUAUUCCAGCCCCAGUAGUCGGGGCUGAAGGAAACUGUUCUCGUGAGAAAACCCAGAUGCGUAGACUGAAGAAGUGGUUCCCAUGUUAUCCUGAGGCCCUAGCCAAAAAGGCUCGAGUGUUGUUCACAUGAGAAAAAAAACUCGAUGGAGUCGAUCGUCUUUGAUGUCGGUUAAACGAAUGGGACCGUUAUACCCCAUGAUGCCUCCUCACCAGGACCGUUUCUACAGAGCUUUCCUGUACGUCGCGUUAGACCUCUUCCCCUCGCAGAUGCUCUCCAUGCCGCUGCUUAGGUUAUGGGGUUCGCACGGAAAAUACCGAGGGGUGAGGAGCGUUUCCUCUCUUUAGUUAGCGCCACAGUUCCCCCUGUGUCGUGUUUGUAUUGGAUCUUCAUUUGUGUCUCUGUGCUACUGCGUUUAUUCAGCUGUCCUCGAGACCACUUUAGAGCUGGUUUUAAACCUGCUUUCUUUUGCAUAAGGCGGCAUGUUCCCGCUGUUCAGAAGUCCUUCCUGCCAGAUGGUCCCGCAAGUUAACGCUUUCCUGGGUCUUGUGAAACGGAAAAGGCUGGAGCAAACUUCUCAGCAGAGGCCCCUUAGGAAUUUUUUUGUCAAAGUAAAGGGAUUUGUUAGAUCAGCAGUUUGCACCUUUCUAAAGCCAAGACACAAGGUUAUUCUUAAUCUUAUUUUUAUCUGUAAACUUUUCCUCUCUAAAUCAAAAUAUAAACUUUUAUAAAAUAUGUGCAAAUGCAUUCAUUUUUAUCUUUGAAAGUCUUAAUUACACCGCUCAGUUAAGCUAUAUUUGCAUAUUAUCACAAUAAUUCCUUUAAAAACAUAUUUAUGUUCCAUCAGGGCAGAUGCCCAGAUGGGCAAAUAAGGCAGUUAAUUUUUCCUUUGAUUUGCACUUUGUAUAUUGUAGGCAACAGGGAAGCAGUAUGAUACCUAGGCUGGAAAUAAAAGUUUAUUAAGAAUAUGACUUUCACUGUGCUGCUUUUCAGUGUCCUGGUUCCAGGUCUACUCUUACUUCAGCCUAGACUUUUAUAAUCAAAAUGCUCUAGUAAGAGGAAGAAAGGACGGGGUUUCGAAGAGGCUGCCAUCAGCGGGUAGUCUGCUCUGAGUGACUUGAAAUCUGUUGUCUGUGGAUGUCCCUUGAGAUAUCUGUGGCUUUAUUCAAGAACACGCAACUUUAGAAAGGAAGCCGUUGCGCAGGCAUGUGUUCCUGCCUCCUGUUGUUUUGGACGACUGGCAUAAAGGCAAGGGAAACGCCUAAACAAGCUGAAUCUCUGUUGCUUUAUAAUUUUGUUGUAUCUUGGAUGAUGCUACUCUGCUAUUCUAUUUUAACCUCUGGAGACGAGGAAUUCAUGAAAACAACUUCCUAUAUUAAUAAAAACAAACAACCUUUUGUGCUGCUAGAAAAAGGUUUAUGAACAUAAACUUUAUUGACUCGGAGUGGAAAGCAAAGGAAAGGUCAACAUUAUUUUUCUUUUUUCAUAAUCUUUUGGAAAAAAAUUUGAGCAUUGACUAUGCACUAUUAAAAUUCCAGAUCUUGCCCUCCGGACUUCUUCCCUUAUGUUAAAAAAAUUGGCAGGAUCCCUGCCUCUGAAUUCAGAUGUCACUAGAAGGACCAAGGAGACGCCUGGUCCUCGGCUUUGUAGGUCGUUCUGCCAGGAGCCGUGAGCGUGGGACGUAGCUCUUCAGCUCCUGGUGGAGUCUGUGUUUACUUUGCGCAGAACAGGAGGUAUUUCUCAACUGCCUGCAGCAGCGCUUUGUGACUGACACCUGAAAGACUUGCACAAGUUUGAGUAUUAUAUUGGGGGGGGGGGAGAAGGCAGAGAGAGUAGUGGGCGCUUUAAUUACUCUACGUUGUUGUCAUGCCCGUUUUUGUCAUCUCAAUAAAGUGACCCUUUCAAAUUUGGCACAUAUUGCCCUUGCUAUGACGUGGGAAAAGUGUUAGACCUUAGUGCUCUGCAAAUACUCCGAGGUGUCAUGUGUUUUAGCAGUACAGGGGUCACUCAGAAGGAGAAGCUGAUUUUUGGAAUUUCUCAAAAACAGUUUCAGUUGUCAGUUCGGUAGAAAGUUUCCCAAACAGUGGGAACAAACCAGCUGAUGUGGCUCUGAUGGACAGCGAUGUGGAGGCAGAGCUGCCUUGGGGAGAACUUCACCCCAGACUUACCAGAAGGAGAGGCGUUUUGGCUCCGCCUAAGCUACUUGCAUACAGAAAUGAAGAGAAACGCGACAUGGCUGUUCCUGUGGCUGUUGGUCUUCCUCUCCGAUACUGCAGCGCUCAGCAAGGAGAAGUCACUGAGAGAGCGAGCUAUUAAGCUGAUGCAAGAUACGCGUUUAAUCGACGGCCACAAUGACUUUGUACUGCGGCUGAGAAUGUUUUACCGAAAUAGACUCAGUAAAGUCAACUUAAGGGAACUCAACAAGACCCACACAAACCUUAAGAAGCUUCAGGCGGGCUAUGUGGGAGCUCAGUUUUGGUCAGUGUAUGUUCUUUGCAGCGCUCAGAACAAGGAUGCUAUACGCCUGACCUUAGAGCAAAUUGAUGUGGUCAAGAGGAUGUGUAACAGCUACGAAGAACUUGAACUUGUGACGACUUCCCAAGGCAUCUCAGACAGUAGGAGGAUUGCGUGCUUGAUUGGAGUCGAAGGUGGCCACUCCAUUGACAGCAGUCUGGCAACGCUGCGGAUGUACUAUGACCUGGGCGUUCGCUACUUGACUUUAACGCAUUCGUGCAAUACGCCGUGGUCUGAGUCGUCGUCUAAAGGAAUACACAGCUUUUAUCCUAAUGUUGCUGGUCUGACGGCGUUUGGCCAAGAAGUGGUAGAGGAGAUGAAUCGCCUGGGUAUGCUGGUAGAUUUAUCUCAUACUUCAUAUUUCACAGCGAAAGCUGCACUACAUAUCUCAAAAGCACCAGUAAUUUUCAGCCAUUCUUCGGCUUUUGCCGUUUGUAACCACUCAAGAAAUGUUCCUGAUGAUAUCCUCCGGCAACUGAAAAACAACAAGGGAAUUAUCAUGGUGACUUUCAAUGCAGAUGUACUGGCCUGUGGCAGAAAAGCUGUUAAUGUUUCUACCCUGGCAGAUCAUUUUGACCACAUAAAGAAAAUCGCAGGUUCUGAAUCGAUAGGAAUUGGUGGCGACUAUGAUGGAGUGGAACGUUUCCCGGAGGGACUGGAAGAUGUUUCUAAGUACCCCUCUUUGAUUGGGGAACUUCUUAGAAGAGGAUGGAAUGAAACUGAACUGAAAGGGGUCUUAAGGGAGAACUUCCUCCGUGUCUUCAGGGAAGUGGAAAAGGUGCGGGACCUUGGACUAACGGAUGUAAGUGAGAGCGAAAUCCCCCAAGAAGAAGUGCAAAAUUCCUGUCGCCUAGACCUAAAUAAUUAUCAACUGCAGACAGCCAGGUCCUUUGGAUUUCCUUCUGUGGCACAGUCUUUCAGUCUAACACUUGUAAUUGUAGUAUAUGUAAUACUGUAUUAUGAAUCAUAAGAUCUAUGAAAUCAAGAGAGAGAUAGAGGGAGUAACCUGCAAUGUAACUAGCUUUCUUUUUUGGGUGUUGUUAAUGUAAGGCUAUGCUAAAAUUUUGGUUAUAAUUUCUAUAAAUUCACCUGCAUACCUGAAAGUUAAUAUAGAUUUUAGAUGUUGUGGCAAAAGCAUUUGGAAUUUGAAGUGAUAAAUUCUUUGUCAUCUUGGCAAAACUAGGACCAACAGAUGGAAAUUAUUCACAUCUAAUUAAUAAAUCUUCCAACAUGUGACGCAUGUUUUUGGUACCCAUUUCGCGGUACUUGAUAUAAACACUGUGGUUCAGAAAUACCUAUCAGCAAUUCCACACAGGAACUAGAGGAUGGGAUUCAGACAGCUACGCUAGGAUGCUUUCAGUAAUAUUUCUGGUUAAAUGCAUACAACUUUCAUCAUCAGUUAUUGGCUUGGUCAAGAAGGAUCCCAGUAGAUGUAGAAGUGUGUGGUAGGUUUUUUGUUUGUUUUGUUUUUUUAAUGAGAAACUGGGUGAUAUGGCUAGGUGAAUUCAGAUGUCGUGCCUACCACUAGCAUUAGGGAUCCAUCCUGCAGUACUAAACUCUUACUUUCGAACCCUGACCAGGACGUAAGGGCAACUAAAGCGCUGGAAAGUAACUGAAGGAAGGAGGUCGGAUAGGGGUAUUGUAUUCGGAUAGGGGUGACCAGGCAGAGCUGUAGAUGCGCUUCUAUAAUUUGGGGGAUGCUGUCUGUUGCACGUCCAUAGAGUUGGGAACAGGAGUAAGCCAGGCCAAAACAGGAAUUGUAGCUAUUCAGAGGAUGAGAUCUUGUUCUGAUAUUUUUACUGCAGUCAGAACAGCAAAAAAGUGUUUAAAUUAAAUUUUAUUAAAAUGUUCUUCAGCUUUUUGGAAAUCUUCACGUUUUGAGCAAUGUUCCUGAAGUGGACUUAUCAGUAGCAGUUUUUAUUAAUAUUACAGCCAGCUAAGAUCAGACCGUUGCCAAAGUAUUAAAAAACAUGCUAUUACUUUAUUAUUAUUUAUCUUCUCCUGUUUCAACCUUUGGAACAUGCAUCUUUCAAGUCUGCAGUGUGUGUGAGGCUAGAAGCUGCUUUUUAGUAGAAGAACACAUAUUGUGAUAGGCCUAUUCUUGGUAGGCUCAUGUGACUCAAAGCUGGAAUUUUAAUUAAAAUAACACGAAAUUCAUGCUGAAAUUGCAAGAAGGCAUCACUAAAUCUUUGUUGGGUUAUUUCCGAGUAGUUGCUGGUAAAUGCCUUUUUUGUUAUAUAAUAAUAUUUGCUUUUAUUGUGAUUUAUUGAUAUGAUAUCUGCACAAUUUAACUUUAGUAUAGUAUCAAGCAAAGACUUGCAAUUGGGCUAUGGACAGUAUUUGAAAACAUACCAAGUAUUUACCAACUGAAGAACAAUGCUAAGCACGAAUAGAUUGGAAACAGCAAGUCAGCCAUUCUCCAGAGUCACCUAAGAUUGUUCCUGCCAUCUCCUGUUGCCCAUGUACAAUUACGAGUUGCUGGACGAAGACCGUGCUGCUUUUAUUGCUUCAAAAUGAAGCUUCAUUGACUCUCCUGAUAAGGUGGUCUCUUUGAGAGUCACUUACUGAAGUUUUUACAAAUUGUGUUGAAUAAUUUAGGGCAUACAAGCCAUGUUUUUAAGUACAGUUCCUCAAAAAAUAUUGAGCCUGGUUAUGUAUAUACAAGUUGGAAUUACUGCACUGACUCGGAUGUCUUACCUUCCUUGAUACUGCCUAAGUAGCAUCAGAACUUGUUUUUAAGGCACAUAACACUGGAAUGAUGAUGAAUUCAACAGGACAAAUGUCUACUUCUCAUCAAUACUUUUACUAAUAACUUUGUAAGUUCUUGGGAAACUGCCUUCCAUCAUCUCUUUGCACAGAACUAGUACUGCAACAGUAAGUUCACUGCAUGUUUGAAAUGAAAGAUGCUUGUUUAGUUCUUCCAGCUUUUUUCUUUCUACCGUGUUGUAACUUUUCUGCCCACUAAUUUCUACCUUUUGUCCACAUGGCAGCAAGGAUUCAAAAUAUAUUCCUCCUCUUGAAGGUAUGGGUAAUAAUUUUUAUAUGAUCUUGAUUCCACCAUUCUAUAGAUACUUGUAGUUUAUUUCCUCGUUUUAGCUAUAGUAUAUUGCACUUAUUUGUCUGACUGCUUUCUGUAAAGGGUAACUUGUAUCCUUGUGGCAAAACAUACACAUGAAAUUUAAAUAAAAUAUUCUUCAAGCUCAGCUA